AUGGAUCGACACUCUUCGGUUUCCGGGGAGACUCCCUCCUCAACGCACACUCCGCCGGUUAACAGGCCGCUUGGUCGCAGCCGCCUCAGCGCAACACCACUCACCGAUACUCCGCCCACGAGCGCAAGCGGCGGCAGAGCGGGUACGCCGGCAUCAGACAGGAUCUUAUCUGGCCGUGUCAAGAAGACAUCGCGCAAAAUCGCCACAAGAAAAGAUGACGUUCUGAGCGAGAAGGAGAAGGAGGAGGAGCGCCGGCAGCUGGAGGAGAUGGAUGAGGAAAGAAAGCUAUUUCCCGGCAGCGACACUUGGGCAGAGGAUGAGCUCAGACUCUUCAAAAUUUUGUACAUGAGACAGUACUGUCCCCUGUUGCCGUCUCAUUGGGGCAUGGAUUUUCGAGGCAUUCCCAUCCCGGACAUUCUCUUUGCGAGUUCUGACGCACACCCGCCUCUCAUCAACUCACAAUCAGGAACGGACUUCAAGGCAACCAGAGCACUUGCUCGUCUCAUUGAUGUCACUGCUAAUGUACGAGGGCUCUGUCAGACGCGCCAAAGACACAGAGCACGGGUAUUCAUCGAGAGGGAACUACAGGAGUACACGAAAUGGGCUGAGCAAGACGGAGAAUACGGCGAUGUCGAGUACUUGCCGAACCUCAUCAUCGACAUGGUGGACACGACAAUGACGCCUCAAGCUAUCGAGGAACAUAUGCAGCUUCGUCUCAAAGCUGCCGCCGCUACACAUCGCGCACAUUGGAGGAACGACAUGCCUGAGUCUUUCGGCAGCGGCGACCAUGGCACGGACAAACAUCAGUCCAAAGACGAUGACGAUGAAGACGCCGAGCCCGAGGACAAUAGGGUCGUCCUCGUGCCCGACAAGUACCCGACACCGUCUCCGCCGAAACCGCAUCCAGCUCCUCCGUCUACCCCAGCGCAUAAAGGGAUCAACUACGAUGGUUUUGAAGAUCGCAGUUCUGCAAGCGCGGAACUCGACAAUCCAGCGAAAAGUAUGACCUAUCAGCAGGAUGGACAAUACACCCGUCGCCCACCUGUCUUGUACGGGCUCUUUAUCGUCAAUACCUCCGUCAUGGUGCUGACCAUCGACUCGGCGAAGGAAGGGGACGAAGCCUACGUCAGCUACCAGGUGGAAGUUGGCUUCAGCAAGCGUUACCAGGCCGUGUGGAAUGCCAUCACCAUCGCAAUAGUGGUCUGCCUGGCGAGAGACGCAAUGAUCGACAUGAAGGAGGAUUUCAGCCAUUCCAUGAUGGAUGGAGAUAGCGACCCUGAUGCUUGA